AUGGCUGAUUACUUUUUGAGUUUGAACGUUAUGUCAUCUAAGCAACUAGUCGACAAAGCAAGGGGCGUUUUUCACAGGUGAGACUGGUCAUUGAAUCAGCGGACAACAAGCCGUGCUAACAUUGCUUUCCUCUUUUCUUCUCAAACUCAUUAAUAAUUCAUAAAGAAAAUUCAAAGGAAAUUAAUGUUUAAUGAGUGUUUGGAUAUCAGAUGAAAAACUGCUCAUUUUUGCAUCCUUAAUUUCUCCUUCAAAAAUGAUUUUGUUUGAGAAGAAAUAUCAAACAUUCGACACAGUGUUUCAUCACCAGAUCAAACACCUCGAAGUUCGUCAAAAAUACUCCGCUGCGCGUCGUAUUUUCAACUCUCUUCUCGGUGUUUCAUCUGGUGAUGAAACACUGCAUCUCAUGUUUGAUAUAUUACUUCUAUUGCUGCAGCCAUUGUCUCUAUGUGCUCCUCGCACCAGUCUGCGGAUUUUCAGUUCUUAUUGUCAAAAGUGGUCAUGGCUGCACUAUACACACUUACGACGUCAGCAUGAAAGCGAGGCCUAAGGGCCACAUCGCAAUUAAAUUGUAUGAAGAGGUAGUCAAGCGCCCCCUACAACUACGACAAAAAAUAGUUCUUACAAAUGCUGCGCUGCUGCGCUUUGUAAUAAUCGUUCCGAUAAUAGGAGAGACUUGACGUUUCAUGUAUUUCCCAAGGAUCCUUGCCGAAGGUUAGUUUCUCCACUGUCCACUUUCCAACGCAUGUUAUGACUAUGACUCCAGGAAUAUCCUUUGGGGUUAAAUUUUGAUCUCUUAAUCACAAAUUGUUCUGACUUGUUUUCGCCGCCCUAUUUACUUUUUUUUAAGUUUGCGAGAAAUGUGGUGGCCCUCAGGCCUCGCUUUCAUGCUUAAGUCGUAAGGUUGCUGCUAGUGAAACGCGAGAAUCUGUCGCACUGUCGAAAGUCAUAGUCUACGCCAAUUGAGAUGAAGACUCAUAACCAGUAGACGGCUGCUUUCGGUGUUGUUUCGACGCCGAUCGGUGAAGCGGAAGUGUCAUCUCCAGUGCGCAAAGCCUGGAUGAAGAUAUGUAUGGAGGAUGAACUCACCCUAAGUAGCAGAUACCCCCUCUCAACGACGCUGAAAUGGACCAAUGAAAAGGCAGAAGCCAAUACACAUGGUUCCAACGCCACCGCAGGAGUUGCCAGAACGUUACUUAGUACAUCAGCGAGCCACCUUAGGCAUUCCCAACUCCAUAUAUGUGCUUGAGGUUUACUUCCGAAGCCUUGCCUGAGAGCUGGUAUAGUCACAAGGCAGUAGAGGUUGAAAUCAGGGUUUUUUUCUUACCCUGGACUGACUGCUGACAGCUACUCUCCUUUCUCUCCUUCUCCUGUCAGUUUAUAACCGGUUUUGCCACGUGAAUGCCUGGAACUGAACUUGGUGGCUGACAGGAAUUUAAUUUUUGACGCACGUCAUCUGGUGUCUGGGCAUUUAUAUAAAGUGAGAGCUCAUCCUUUGAAAGGCCACCAUGACAAAUCAAGCAAUAUUUCAUUAAUCUGCCGGCAUGCAAUAGGUAUAACCCUACUUUAUCUACUAACAAUAUUUUUCAUUAUUUUUCAGUCGUGGCAUCACUACCUGGAUGUGCACAGACAUUGAUGGCGGCGAUUCGUUUCGUGAGGAAAUUUUGGCAAAUGUCCGAGAUGCAAAAGUGUUCUUGAUCUUUGUCAACGAAAAGUGGGCCAAAUCACAGGAAUGCGCUUUUGAGUUUAACUAUGCGAUGGUAAGACACUUGGUAAAUAUUACAUAUGCAUGGGAAAAAAGCAAAACUUUUGUACUGAGUAGAGGGAUCUAUAAUCAGACGCUGCCCACAAAAAUGAGGUUCUACUUUAUUUAAAGCUUUCGCCUUCGUUUCUACAAGAACUAAGGCUCCUCUGUCGCUGCUUUCGAUUUCUCAAAACGUUACCGGCCGUCCACACUAAGCAAUGGAAAACGCAUACAUGGCGAACGUUUUCGUUGUAAGGCUAUUUUCAGACUAAUGCAUUUUCCAGCAGUGCACUUUUAAAAAUCUAAUUCAUAUAGAGUAUCGACCCAGUAGCUAUUACGCCGUCAGAGUUUUCGAAAACGUUCCGUUUUUGACGAUAGACCCCCUGUUAUCAAAGACUCUAACUUGGAGAUCGUUUUUCCCAGCCUCUGUUCUUGACCGUUUAUGUGUGGACCAUGGCGUUUGGCGUGCAGCUGAAACGAGUAAAAAUGUAUUCCAUUUUUCUAACGAAAACGAUUUAGCUAACUUUAGCCAACGAUGCAAUCGACUGUAAAGUAAUCUGUUGCUUAGGAAAUCGCUUUUGCUUAUAACUUAAUAACACCGUCGUUGUCGUAUUUAAUAAAAGCUUCCAUUACAAAAUUGUAUGACCUGUUUAAAAUUGUAAAGAAAUUUCCAAAUUUAGCUUACUCGUUACUGGUUACAAACUUAGUAAAAAGGUGUUUUUAAAAAGCAAGACUUUGUCGCCAUAAUUUCUAAUCUAUUUCAUUUACUAUCACAGCGCAAAAAUCUGGUCAAGAAUACUCCAAAGAUCAUGCCAUUCGUCAUUGAAAUGUUUGACAUGGAAAAGUAUCCUCAUGUGGAUGCUUUACUUGCAAAUUGUCAGGGAGUGUUCUUGAACUCGGUAAGGCCACGCCUUCUUGGGGGCGUUCAAGGUUAUUUAUUUAUUUAUUUAUCUAUUUUUUUAUUUAAUUAGUUACGGCCAAUUGCCUUCUUUUUCACAUUUUAUCUCCUUUCUUAUUUUGUCAUAAGUUUUAUUGACUUCUUACAUUACGUUACAACACAUCACAUCACAUCGCAUCGCAUCGCAUCGCAUCGCAUCAUUGCAUUACAUCUGCCACGUACGCAGACGUCUCUCUUUUGAUGAAAAUGAGCGCGCAAAGGAAGGCGGGCUCGCCUCUACCAUGCGAGAAACGAGGCGCCUGAGGAGGAGGCUGGCAUUACAUUACAUUUCAUCUCACUAGAAGGGUCACAUGCUUUAUCUUGGAAACGAACCUGUGACAUGCAGCAAUUCUACCCGGGAUAUUCAGCGUUACUGUGUUAACUUUAACUAGUGUCUCGCUGUAUUCAAGGCUAAGGGAUAUGAUUGCUGGGGGGUGAGUUUCUAUGCUUUCCGUAGAGUUAGAGAGAUACUACGGCAAACUAGCAGGGACUGGAUCUGCGGACUACCUACUUCAAUAUGGACCUUACAAGUAAUCAAUACUUUUUUACAAUAUUCCCCUCGCGCAGGAACUUUCUCGCCUCAAUUAACUUUUUCCGAAACUUUCCUGCAGUGUUCCUCUGAGAUUGAUGCAUUCAAGCAAAUUAUGGACAAACUACAAGGCGUUGUGCCCAUGAAGGCCGCCACCGCUGCUGCAGCACGGAAGCCUGUUCAGGCUAAACUAUCGGACGAAGAGUCUAAGGAAGUUUCCAUUGUUAGAAAAUCACUCACUACUAAGGGGGCCCAAACAUUGCCAUCAGGUGCAGUAUCAUUUGAUCUUACAGGAGUCAGUCGGCUCAUAAAAGAGUAAUAUUCUUAUUCAGUAGUGUGUUGCCUCAGUCGAAAAUUGUAAAUGGUCACAGAAAAAGUCUCUGAAAAAAAAUAAGCACAGUAAUUAAACAAAAAUGCCUACGAGCGUCGCGUCUCCCCAUGGGAACUUACCAAGAUUACCAAAAGCGUACGUCUGUCGUUACCAUAUUGCUGGUUUGUAGGUUACGUCACGGCGGUAGAGCCUGUUCACAGGCUAAGGACAAAAGCAUUUUCUCUCCUCUCGGAACUAAAACCCAUUUUCAUGAAAAUAAGUUUAUUACAAUGACCACCAACAUGUCAGCUUUGUCACGUGAUUGCCAAUAGGUUGUGCUAGCAUAAUUUUUGGCGUAGUUUGUCAUUACAUAUUUUGAAGAAAAAGCACGGCUAGGUACAAUUUGCACUUUUAUUUAAUUGGCUACUUUUGCAACAUAAAAUUUCAUUUAUUGACCAUGCAAGUAAAUUUUUUUUGGCUCGAAAUCAGUGUUGCAAGCAAAUCUAAGUAAUAAAAUCAUUCUUUUUUGUCUGCUUAUUGUCACAUUCAUGGGACCUGGGUCCUAAAGGAAGUGACCCAGGAAUCUUUUCACAGGACUCGACAGAUGCGCAUAACUAGCUCGGUUACCCAAGAUAGCACCUGAGUGCUGGUUGUUAAGUAUUGAGUUUUUACAGUUGUCAGACAAUGAAUUACGCACUCUAAAAGUUUCAAGAUGUAACUAGGGAAAAUGUGUUUGCCAUUUACUCGUUUGUUACAUAGUUAUUAAGGUAUUUUUACCAAAUUUAAAGCAAAAAGUAGAAGCAAGUUAUUUCUGCAUUUUUUGCUAAAAUGAGCAUAAUUUACAAAAAGGAACAUAAUUAGUAGCAUAAUUUUAGAAAAACACGAGCACUACUGGUGGUAUGAUUAUGCUACUCUCACGAGCACAUCUUUCAAAGUCUAGUCGACACUGCCCAACCACUUUCUGAAAAGGUUCGUAAUGUGGCCUCUGGGAGGGACAUUGGUCACUGCACAAGUCAGGGUCGGCCUGGCGGGGUAGUGGUAUACCAGUAUACCCGAAAAAAAUUCGCCAAAAUACCCAAAAAUACCUAGUCUCCUUCGCAGCCGUUAUUAGGGUCGUCACUCGUCACGCAACGCUCCUCAAUGGGGAGGAGCGUUGCGUGACGAGUGACGACCCUAAUAACGGCUGCGAGGGAGACUAAAAAAUACCCAAAAUUCAUCCAAAUAUAUCCAAAAUUAUACCCAGGUAUACUUUAUACCUAAAAUUCAAAGAAAGUGAUAUACCGAAUACCCAUAUUUAAGCUGCAAUAUACCGUAUACCCGAUUUAAAAAGCCCCUGUAUACCGUUGGCCGACCCUGAGAAGUGAUAUGGCUGUGCACACACGUAAAAUAUUGCAGAGUAAGAUUAGACGAUUCUAUGCGAGCUUGGGUGUAUCUCUCGCUUAAAAAAUGUCUGAGAUAAUAUUGAAAUUUUAUACUGCUGAGAAAUUUAGAGAUACGGUCCUGAUUAGUCUCCUUGUAAGGCUAUAAAAAUAACAUGAGAGAAAUUAAAAUGAUUUGCCAUUCUGUGAUUUCCUUAGCACCUGGGGCCCUAUGACAUUUUGAUAAUUUUUUUGAUAGGAAAUUGGCAGGGUUACUUCAUCGACGGAAGGGCACUUAGAGGAAAAGCCUCAGGAAGCAAAUGGCUUAUUAAUGUCAACAUGAACUUUCCAAAUAGCAACCAGUUCACAGCAAAAGGACAGGACGAAAUUGGUUCCUUUACGUUUGCAAAUGGGAAAAUCUCAGGUAAAUGUCACACAAAGUAUAGAUAAAGUUUUGACGAUGAGCAGCGAUCGGUUUAUACGCCGGUUAAAUGAUACGCGAUGUCCCAAAGCUCGUGUACCUGAUUUCAACCACACUAACUUUGCUAAUUAACCAGGGUUAUUUCCCUUAAAGUUUAAGAGUUUAUUUCCUGGUGUAUACUCUACAUUGAACUGUCAUUGUUAAGAAUUUCGUUAGCCGGCCGGUUGUUUGGCCUGCCUUGUUUUCUACCGAAUGUUUAGUCUCUGAAGCUCAUUUCAUGAAAUCUUUCCAAUUGUUUAAUAGCCAUUUCUUGUCAUCAAUAGCGCCAACAUCAAAAGUCAAAACUCACGUCAAAUACUUUUUAGCCUGGCCCAGACGAUCUAAGAUCUAAUCACACAUGCACCUGCUGAUGAAUAUUAAUUUAACUUGUUAGCUGUUUUUGUGUGUAUCUUUUCCAAAUUUCCCACCAAACGUACAAGGCUGAACUGAAAGACAAACCUCUGUAAGUUUGUAACUAAUGAGCGAUCUUUUCUUAGCUAUGAAGUCAGCAGUGAUUGGAAUUUUUUAUUGAUAUAAAUGUUGUUACGUUGCCUGAAAGGAAAAAAUUUCGCGUCGAUUUGAUUUUUCCAUACAUAAAAUACCUGAUUAAAGCCAAGUUGAAGGAAAUUUGCGACCGGUUCCACAUUUGGUACGGUCUAAGAGGAAGAACGUUCUUCUGAUUAUUUAAUUCUUUUUAAAAAUCAUUUAUCCACAAACGCCACAUAGUGGGGCUUUAAAUUUUGACGUCCGAUCCCCGGGGAAGGGGGGGGGGGGGGGACAGGGGGGGGGGGGGGGGGGGGGGGGGGGGGGGGGGGUACUGCCAUAUAUGGGCUAUAAAGGUAUGUGCCGCUGUGGAGGGUAUGGUUUUCAAGCAGUUUACUCUAAGAUAGGGUAUAUAAAUCAGAGCGUUUGGGUCUAGAAUAGGGUAUCAUUUUUCAGGAAACUGAUCAGUUGUUUGAAGAUUUUAUCUAGACUAGGGAUUGUGGUAUAAGGUUUGUUUUGGCUAGACUGUGCUAGUGAGCUCAGUAGCUUCUCGUGGAAAACAGCUACUCUAGGAUAGGGGGGAUUUGGGGAGUUUACUCUAGUAUACGGGAUAGCAAAAUUCAGCUGAACUAGCUCAAAACUAGCUCUGGUAUAGGUUAAGGGUUCCAGGGUCCCAGCGGCACAUCCCCUCCCAGAAAUUCCUAAAGUACCCCCCUGGGGUCCGAUCUCACCUCUCUGCAUGGUUCCUCCGCAAUUCAGACACUGGCUGCAAGUGAGGAAUGUUGGCACCGUUUAUUCUUACCGUUAAACCGUUGUUGUCCGAAAGAUUUCCACUGUAAUUGAAUUGAAUUCGAAUUUCGUGCGAUGAUGUAGCAAAACGGAACAGUCACGGACGACAGUCGUGACAUUCUAAGCGAUUUGAAUUGUGUGUGACUAUGCCUUUUGUACUUCUUUAACAAUCAUUUGCACUGAACCCUUCACAGGUUCUAAAGUGCAAUUCGCUAAGCAGUAUGCAAGGCACCGCGUUCUGUAUGAAGGAGAAGUCAAAGGAGUGCAGAUGAUGGGACGCUGGCGACUGGAAUCAAGUCCAAGUAUCAAAGGAGAAUGGGCCAUGUGGCCUGUCGGCGGUGGUCGCUGA